AAAAAGAAGACAUUCAUUCAAAUAUGUUCAACAAGUUAAUUUUAUCUUUGAUGAGGAGGAGGGGAAGAAGAUAUCUCUGCUUUCUUUUUAUAAUUGUUAUUUGUGUUUCAGGAAAGGCAUCUCCCCAGCCUGAAAUAACGAUGAAGAUAACUGGACAGUCCUCUCAUUGUGAGUCCAGUGGCUACUUGAUGGACCGAGAACUUAUUCACCUCAUAGGGUCGGUCAGUGGAUUCAGCAGUCCACAGUGGGAGAAGAUGGUCAUUGUUGAAUUCAGGAAUGACACAGGGAAGUUUUGGCAGAAGCUUUGCUCCUUCCCCCUGGAGCCGCCAACGAAAGGCCAGAUAAGGAAAGCCAUGAUGGGAUGUUACUGUACAGCCUACAACGAAACAUUGGCCAACUUCUACGUAAAUCUCACCGCCAAAAGUUACAACGCCAUGCGGGCUGUCAUGAACAACAUUGACGGCUCCACGAACGUGUCGUCAGCUAUUGUGCAGAUUCCUCGUGCGUAUGCCCAACCUGUCAUGGUGGCAUCCUUUGAUGGCAACGCAAUUAAGCCAUACGGAAACUGCUCCCUGGUGGUCGAGGAAGCGCGGGAGUACAGUGUCCACUCCUGCUACGUGAACUUGAACCAGCCCACCACCUAUAUAUCAAUACAUGGUCAUCACGUGGUCCCUGGGAACGACCCUUGCUUGACCAUGACAUUGACGUUUACAUCUGACAUGUCGGCUUUGGACUUCCACUACCAGGACAAGUGCAAGAGGUCAAAUUUAUAUAUCUGUAAACUUAUUGUAGUGAGUAAAUUAUCAAGGCUGUUUACCAAAUAUUUACCGUGGUUGUUACCUGCUGUCACCUCAACGAUAGCGGUCCCAGCGACAAUAUAUAUUCUGUAUUACUUUAAGAUCAUAGUCUGCAGUGAUGCAGACGUCAAGACUGAAGAGAAUACAGCAACAAAUACAGAACAUACAUUCACCACCACUAGCACCACUGCUUUAGCGGACUCCACGGUACUGAGCAGUAUAUAGACUCAAGAGGAGAGUACGGCACUUCCCUUGUCCUUGUGCCCAAACACAGAUGUGGAUUCAAUAGAUCGAGAAUCAAUGGCCGGAACGAAGAGUCAGGUGAUUGGGAAAACUUAUUGGUGCAAGAACAUCCCAGGAUCAAAAUGUCAAAGGUUUAUUGAUAAAACUCGAAUUGACAUGCCGAAUGUCGAAAUUUAUUUUUACUUGACAACGGUCUUGUUUAUCAAUGACGUCAUGGUGUACCCCGAAAUUAGACACAUCUUAAUGAAGAGCCACUCACAAAAACAGAGAGAAUUAUUGAAAGGUCGAUGCAUUAUGCCAAGUUCUAAAGCCAUUUCCUGGCGACACUUCUCUGUGCGUCUAUUCUACGGCACUCAACAUACGUCAUACAGAACAACCGUCAUCAACAUUAGUUUGCUGUGACGUAUCUAUUUUAAUAAAAAAAACCUUGGGUCAGUUCAGUUGCCUACAGUUGACAGUAGUUUCUCUCAAAAGGUCGAAUACCGAAUGCUGAAAAGACGACUUUUCAUUAAAUUAGAUUAAAUGAUUUUAGAACAAAAACAGCAGACUUGGGCAGUUCUGAAAUGGACGCUUCAUUUGCAAAAGUUAAUCUUUGUUUGUCCACUGAAAAGAGAAAUGUUAGUUGUAACUCUAUUUGCUUAUUGUAACUUAUGUAACGAUAGAAAAUAUCUAAUAAAAACAAUUUCAGUUUGCUAAUAAAGAUGUAAUCUUAUUCUUUUCAACCUAGAAGCUGACUUCAGUUAGAUUCAGACAAAUCUUUGCUGUUAACUUUCAUUCAUUCUCAGUGUUCACAUCUGUCUUAUUUGUUGUUUGCUAUGCGAAUAUAUAAAUAGCUUGUGAUGACUUUAAAUUGAAUCUUACCACGCUUUUGGUAGCAAAAUUUUUUUUAAUAUCAAUGCACUAUGCCAGCCAGGAAAGCCAAUGACUUGGCAGAAUUUAAGUCAUUGAUUCACAUGCAUGACUAGAUUGUACAACGUCUGUUUUUUUUUGUGUUCGGUGUCUUAUAUUUCCUUUG